AUGGCUGGGAUUAAAAAAUCCAGCUUGAUUACUGCUGAUUUUGAAGUGUUUGGCAAGGUUCAGGGUGUAUUCUUUCGUAAGCAUACACAGAAAAAAGCUCAAGAGCUAGGUCUGAAGGGAUGGGUGAUGAAUACACCGCAAGGCACAGUCAUUGGUCAACUACAGGGGCCCCAUAACGCUGUGGAAGAUAUGAAAAUCUGGUUGCAGAAAAUCGGUAGUCCCAAGUCGAAAAUUGACAAAGCCGCUUUUCGGAAUGAAGGACCCAUCAAUAACACCGCAUUUAGGAGCUUCGAAAUACGACGAUAA